UAACAGAUGGGUAUUUUAAAUCAAAAUUAAAACAGAGAGGUUGAGAGGGAGCAUUCUCUUUCCAGACAGUUAGAGCUCAAUACCUGCCCAACUCUUCUGAAGAAUUACCAAGAGAACAAGGAAAAAAAAAACCUGCAGCUUAGUCAUAUUUGUAUUCUUAUUAAAUGCAGGAUUGCCUGAGGCGAACAAGAGCUGAUAUCAUAAUUAUUGGCUUGCCUAGCCAGCUGCCUUCUCUCACCUGAUGUAAGAUCAGAUCUUUCCAGCCUUUGGAGACUCUGUACCGCUGAGCCUCCACUCUCUCUGCAGGGCUGUUUGAAUGACCUAAUCCUGUCCUGGAGCAGCAGCACGCCGUUUUGCUUCAGUAAAAAGGUAAGAGGAAACCUCUGACAACUUCAUAUAGCUUUUUAGAAUUCAGCCGUGAAAGCCAAACGGAAGGGGGAGCAGAACUCUUUUGCCUUGGCUCAUCUAUUUAAUGUGAAGUCCCCGAGGCUGACUUUGAAGAACUUCAGGCUGAGGGAAGGGGAAGGUCAGCACCUACAUCCCGUUCCUCAGCAACUCCCAUAGGUAUUUAUCAGCUGCGAGUGAGGAGUAUCAAGAGAAGCAGUCAGGAAAACACCAGGAUUUCUAUCUGAAGUGGACUUGGUAAUGGUUUCACUACUUCAAGAUCAAUCUAAUAUUAAAUUUUCUGCUUCGGACACUCUGGAAAGGGACCAACAAGAAGACUUCAUGAAGACACAGGGGGAUUCAAUAUCCCCAGUUCAGCAAACUGAUAAUCCCAGUUAUAACUGCCAAGCAUAUGAGUCGGACGGCAGGACAGAAAGGAAAAGUUCAGAGUCUUCUCACAGCCCCAGCCCUGCUUCUCCAGCCCAGGAUCAAAUUCAUGGGAGAUACCCUCCAAGCCAAGGGAUCCACUGUGGCAAGAACAAAUUUAAAGUCUCCUUCAGCGCUGAAAAGUUCAGGCGGUACAGUUACGAGGAAAGUACUGUAGGAAAUUAUGACAGGUUUCUCAAAAGCAGCAGAAACCCUUUUCACCCUUACAAGAGGCAGAUCAGUGAAGAUGUCUUCCAGGAAGCACAUCAAGCCCUCCCACCAGAAGGUCCACCUUUCAAAAACGCUAGAAGCAUUGACUGUUUUGAGGGUCUACCGGGAUCUACAGGCCCUGACGAGUCAGAGUCAUUUCCAACUCACAUUCCUAACAUCUCCUCCGAACAACCAUGGUGUAACAGUCUCCAGUACAGCACCCCAGGUCAAGAUCACAGUUCACAAGUCAUGCAGGAUUCAGACAUCAAGCUUAGGACAUCCCCCCUGGAGGGGCAGCCGGGUUUGUAUUGCUAUCAGCCUCAAGUGCAGCAGAUGUAUUGCCCCUCACAUCCUUUCCAUCAGUAUCCCUCUGGAGGCAGCUAUCCCGUGACCUACAUUACUUCUUCACACUACCCGUACCAAAGAAUUGCUCCUCAAAGCAGUCAAGAAUCCCAGCAGCCUCUAUUUCCCAAACCCAUCUACUCCUACAGCAUCCUGAUCUUCAUGGCACUCAAGAACAGCAAGACAGGGAGUUUGCCAGUCAGUGAGAUUUACAAUUUCAUGACAGAACACUUCCCUUACUUUAAGACAGCUCCAGAUGGCUGGAAGAAUUCUGUGCGCCACAACUUAUCUUUGAACAAAUGCUUUGAGAAAGUUGAAAACAAGACAGGCAAUUCUUCUCGGAAAGGCUGUUUGUGGGCUCUGAAUCCAGCCAAAAUUGAUAAGAUGCAGGAGGAGCUUCAGAAAUGGAAGAGGAAAGACCCAGUUGCUGUAAGGAAGAGUAUGGCAAAGCCAGAAGAGCUUGACACGCUGAUAGGCGACAAAAGCGAAAAGCUGAGAUCUUCUAUCAUGUCCUGCAGCCCAACCGCUGUUGCGAGCGCAUCCCUUUCCAGGCAGAUGGCAGUCCAACCCCACUCCUUAGGCGAGCCCUCUCUUUCCUCCGGUGUCCCACCGCCGCUCCAUCCCAUCCACACGCCUGGAGCCCUGCACGUCAAGAACCCGGUCCCCAGCCUGCUGGGAGGGCAGCAAACCGCCUGCUACACCUCACCACCGGGCUACCCUCCCAUGUCGAGCACGCUCAUGCAGCAGACGCCCGAGCACCAGCCGCUGUUUCCUUCUGGGGAGGCUCCCAACGAAGCCAGAAGCCAGCCCGGCAUCAGCCAGGACUCCCCGCUGCCAGCACAGACACCCCCGGCGUGUGGCAUGAAGGUGUUGGCAGAGCAGAGCGCGGCCAGGACGGUGCACGACCCGCUCCUGCAAGAAGGGGACCUCAGCACCGAUAUUGAUGCUCUCAACCCGUCCCUCACCGACUUCGACCUCCAAGGAAAUCUUUGGGAGGAGCUGAAAGAUGACAGUCUAGCUGUGGAUCCCCUAGUUCUCAUUUCAUCAUCCCCAUCGUCUUCCCAGUGUUUCCCUUCUCAUUGCCAGAUGGAGAACGGCGGCAGCAGCAACAUCAACAUGCAAAACGGAACUCCGCACAGCAACUUGCCUGACCUACAGCUCACUACCCUUUACUCUGCCUUUAUGGAGUUGGAUACAGUGUCUCCUGCCUACCUAAGUAAUUCUGGAUCCAAACCUAUAGCACUAAUGUGAACCACACGCCUAGUUGUAAUUAUUUUUGUCCAGGUACAGCCCUAAGCAUCACACACACACACACGAUUUAUGUCAGCUGCAAGUGCUGAAACCAUGGCCAUUGGAAUGAUCUUUUUCCAGAACUCACCUGCAGGAUAUGUAGCUUUACUUUAAUAACUUCUACAAACAGAUACUAAAAAAAAAAAAAAAUAUAUUAAAAAAAAAAAAAAAGAAACUGAAGAGAACUAUUUAAAGAUAAUGUUGUUAACCGCUGUAUUGGUCAACACCAUUUUAUCAAGCCACUCAUCUUCCGAAUCUUCCUGAAACAAGUGACUAUAAGAAGAAAACUAAUGAUUUUCAGAUAUUUUUUAUGAAAGCUGCUUGCAAAUGAACACUGAAGUCAAGGGAAACGAUAAUCUAACUUAUUUCCUGAAGCCAAUGAUGUCAACAUCAUCUGUUACAGACCACUACAAAAAAAUAAUAAAAAAUAAAAAUAAAAUAAAAAAAAAUCCACACACUAAAACAUUUAUAGUCCCCUUGAAAGAAUUUCUGGGUUUUGAUAAACAAGAACAUAACCUGAAAAUUCUGCAAGUAUUAGAAGAUAGAGGACUAGCUGCUGACAGACUAAAACAAAGCAACAAAUAUACUUUAGUGAAAAAUCUAAGUUUUACUGUGUUUUAAAAGAAAUUUAAAACUGUUUUUUUUUGAUAAUAAAAAAGAACAAAACAAUUUAAUAGAAUUUUUACUUGGCUGCUAAUUAUUCAUAUUAAUUCCUCUACUUUUACCCAGAUAAGCUGAACAGUAUGAUGAAUUAUUCAACCAUUAAAUCAAUAUUAUUUUUAUAUUACUACUAUCUUUUUUCAAAAAAACAGAGAACAGUAAUUGUUGCAGCUAGCCAAAUCUGGAGAGCAUCUCUAUUUUAGCAUCCAGUUGACAUCUGAAACAUCCACCAGGGUUUAUGAUGAUGCUGAUGAGCCCUUGCUUUAGCAUAGCACACUCCUCCUACCGUGAAGUAAACUAGGGCUUUUCAGUAGCCAUUUUCUCAGGAACACUCUUCUCGCUCAACUUACCAUAAAGCUGCUGCUUGUGACAUUACAGAAUUGUUUUUUUUACACAUAAAGACAAAGCAAUUUGGAGCAGGAACCUUUAACACUAAGGAAUAUAGUCUACAAACCAAAUAAAUAUGAAAGUAUGGCUUCUUGGAUGACAUCUCUGUUCACACAUUGUGGAAACACAGGAGGAAGUAAGCAGGUUAAAAUUUGAGUCAGACAAGGUCGCUUACACUGCAGGGAAAAAAAAUAAAAAAAUAGCAAGGAACUGUAAUGAAAAGCACAGACGAAGUAGAAAGGACAGUGAGACAGUACUGAUGAAAUAAGGGCACAUAGGGCUGACAAGCCUGCCUUCUCAGCAAGGUGGGAUUAAUGCCACUUGAGACUGCAGCCAAGCUCAGGUUCAAAUCUACACCCUCAGCUAUGUCUACUAGCCCAAGCUUAAAGCAAAAGCAGAUUAGGGGCAGACAGGUAGAGAAGACCUCAGAAGAAUAUGUGUGAUGUAACUUCAUAAUCCCUUACACAGCUAUUAAGAAAUCCACGCUUGAUUUGAGCCCCUCUUGCUCUGCAUUCCUGCAGCCAGAAUAUGCAGAGUGAGAAACAUAGUCAAGCUUGCCAAGCUCUUCUGUGGAGAAAAACAGCAUGAACACGGCCAUACAAACAUAAGU